UCCUGCUUCCUUGACAAUGGCGGCUCGCGGCGUGGGGCUUUUGACCCGUUUGCCCCUGCAUUCCCAGAGAAGGAGCCGAGUCCAGCGCUCUAUUUCCAGACACCUCAGUUGUGCAGGGACUAUAGCCGCGAACUUCGGGAGCGAAGAGCAGCCUCCUGGGGGUGCGGAGACAGGCUCUGAAGACAAGAUCCCCAAAAAGAGAUUCUUUGAGGUACAGGAGGAAAGAAGAGAACAGGCUCAGCGGACUGUUUUGAUACAUUGCCCAAAUAAUAUCAAUGAGAAAAAGUUUCUUAAGUAUUUAUCCCAGCAUGGACCAAUUAAUAAUCAUUUCUUCUACGAGAGCUUUGGUCUUUAUGCCGUUGUAGAAUUUUGCCAAAAAGACAGUGUAGACUCAUUGCAGAAUGGAACACAUAUUCCAAAACAGAGCGCAGAGCCUGCAAUUCCCUUUAAGUCACGUUUCUUGAACUUAAAGCUGAAGAAUUCUUCUAAUCAGAUUCCUGAACAGUUGUAUGCACAGAAAACUAACCAGUCUCCUCCUUCAAGCAAGAAACUCUUUGAAUUACUGAAUUGUGCAGAAAGCAUAGAUGAUCAGCUGAACACUCUCCUGAAGGCUUUCCAGCUCACAGAGGAGAAUGUCAGGCUCCGCCAUCUCACAUGCUCUCUCAUUGAGGACAUAGCAGCUGCGUAUUUUCCUGGCUGUGUCAUUCGGCCCUUUGGCUCCUCGGUGAACACAUUUGGCAAGUUAGGAUGUGAUUUGGACAUGUUUUUAGAUCUAAAUGAAGUUGGAAAAUUCGAUGUUCACAAGAAUGCAGGGAACUUUUUGAUGGAAUUUCAAAUGAAAACUGUUCCUUCAGAAAGGAUUGCAACCCAGAAGAUCCUAUGUGUAAUAGGAGAGUGCCUUGACAAUUUUGGCCCUGGAUGUGUGGGUGUUCAGAAAAUACUAAAUGCUCGGUGUCCACUUGUGAGAUUCUCCCAUCAGGCCUCUGGAUUUCAGUGUGAUUUGACUGCUAACAACAGUAUUGCUUUGAAAAGUUCCGAACUCCUUUAUAUAUACGGCUCCCUGGAUUCAAGAGUAAGAGCCUUGGUGUUCUGUGUACGAUGCUGGGCUCGAGCGCAUUCAUUAACAAGCAGUAUUCCUGGUGCAUGGAUUACAAACUUCUCCCUAACAGUGAUGGUCAUCUUUUUCCUCCAGAGAAGAUCGCCCCCCAUUCUUCCAACUCUGGAUUCUUUAAAAUCACUAGCAGAUGCUGAAGAUAGAUGUAUCCUAGAUGGGCACAAUUGUACAUUUGUUCGGGACUUGAAUAAAAUUAAACCUUCAGGAAACACAGAAACAUUAGAAUUACUACUGAAGGAAUUUUUUGAGUAUUUUGGCAAUUUCGCUUUCAAUAAAAAUUCCAUAAAUAUUCGACAGGGAAGGGAGCAGAACAAGCCCGACUCUUCUCCUCUGUACAUCCAGAACCCUUUUGAGAUGUCUCUCAACAUAAGCAAGAAUGUGAGUCAGAGCCAGCUGCAGAAGUUUGUGGAUUUGGCCAGAGACAGUGCCUGGAUCUUGGAACAGGAAGAUAAGGGUCAGCCUUCCCCUUCUAGUAAGCAGCCCUGGGGGCUGGCCACCCUCCUGCUGCCCCCUGGGACAGUCUACACAUCUCUCUCCAAGAAGAGGAAAAAGCCAGUGAGUGAAAAAGUCAAAGGCUUGUUAGAAUCCAUAAAAAGUAGCACUACAGACAGUUCCAAGGGCACCCGAGGAAAGAGAGCAAUCAGUACACAGGCGUGAUGGCAACAGCUUUGGACUCCUGAGAAGAGUGCCGUGAAAUUUUGACAGGCCUUAACUUUUAUCUGAUGCCAUUUGUCAAGAGCUCAUCACCCUUUUACUUGAUCUGAAGUUCUGGAUAUUUCUUUCCAAUCAGGUGGAGCUUUAUUCAAAAAUCAAUGGCAAAGAAUAUGUAAAAAAACAUACUUGAACUCUGCAAAAUGAAUUUUAUCAGCAAAACAGUUGAUAUUUCUGUCAGUCCCUAGUUGGAAAUCAUUUCAAAACACUGGUACUUAUCUCCAUGUAUAGGUGAUGAAUGCAAUAAAGCUCCAAAAUUUGGUAAUA